AGAGAGAAACCCUGUCUCGAAAAAAAUAAAAUAAAAAAUAAAAAAUGAAAGAUAAUCUAGGAGUUGACAUUUGCGGAGGCCAGGAUGGUGUUGCUCGAGAGCGAGCAGUUCCUGACGGAGCUGACCAGGCUCUUCCAGAAGUGCCAAUUGUCAGGCAGCGUGUUCAUCACCCUGAAGAAGUAUGAUGGUCACACCAAACCUACUCCACGGAAGAGGUCUGUGGAGGGCUUCGAGCCUGCAGAAAACAAGUGUCUGUUAGGAGCCACAGAUGGGAAAAGGAAGAUCAGCACUGUGGUGAGUUCCAAAGUGAGUAAGUUUCAGACAGCCUAUUCAAACCUACUGAUAGCUAACAUGGAUGGGCUGAAGAAGAAGGACAAGAAGAACAAGAAGAAGAGGACCAAGCCAGCACAGUGACGGCCGUGGCCAUUAGCAACAGCUGAAGAGCAGUUUCCUGUUUGCUGCUUCUGGCGUCCUCUGAGGUAACUGUUUUCAUGGGAGGGUCGGUCAAGAGAGAAGGGUUGGCCAGGCGGUGGUGGCGCACGCCUUUAAUCCCAGCACUCGGGAGACAGAGGCAAGCGGAUCUCUGUGAGUU